GCGCGGCCGGGGCCGCGUCAGGCUCAGUCGCCGUGAGCCGCUCGCGGGGAUGGGGCGCGCGGGGCUGGUGCUGAUGCUGCUGGCCGCGCUCGGCGCUGGGGCCUGGGGCCACGAGAGGUUGGGGGAGCCCGCGGGGAGCCCCGCGCCGGGGCCGCCGGAGUUCUGCCUCUUGCCCAAGGUGGUGGGCAGGUGCCGGGCCGCCUUCCCGCGCUGGUGGUACAACGCCACAAGCCAGGCAUGCCAGCGUUUCACCUACGGUGGCUGUGGGGCCAACCUCAACAACUUCUUGGUGGAGGCCGACUGCCAAGCGAGGUGCACGGUGGCCGCAGAUGGGAAGGAUGUGAAUGAGAUUCCGCAGGCCAGUCAGAGAAUUGUGCAGAGUGCAGAUGAGGAGUCCCCUGGGCGUGUCCAGCCGGCCAAUGACACUUUCACCUACGAAGAACGCUGCCUGGCCAAAGCCGCCACUGGCCUGUGUCGUGCCUCCUUCCCACGCUGGUGGUUCGACGUGGAGACCAAAACCUGCCGCCAGUUCACCUAUGGGGGCUGCAGAGGGAACUCGAACAACUACCUGAGUGAGGUGGAGUGUCUGGCCCGGUGCUCAGGUGAGUCCUGUCACCCCGCCUGUCUGGCCCCUGCCGCGCUGCCUUCCCCCGCUGGAACUACGACCCAGCUGCCCGGGCCUGCAAGCAGUUCAUCUACGGGGGCUGCAAGGGGAACAAGAACAACUCCCUGCAGGAGGAGCUGUAUCUGCGCCAGUGCAGCGGGGCUUCAGGGGGCGCUGAGGGGCCGGAGCUGGGCGUUCACUCCACCAGAGUGGUGGCCCUGGCCAUGCUGCUGGCCAUCCUCAUCGCUGUCCUGCUGGGCUCUGUGGUCGUCGUCUUCGUCUGGCUGUGCAGGAGGAACCGGGAGCUGUCCCUGAGCGUGCCCUGGAGCCCCCUGGAUGACAAGGAGUACCUGAUGAGCAAUGCCUACACGCUGUGAGGCCGGGUGCCGGCCCAGGGGCUGCCCCUGCUCUGCUGGGCUUCAGCCAUGUGUAUACAGCAGAGAGCGGCACGUGUCCGGAGAGGGUGACUUGAACCGGCACCAGCCGGGUCUGUAGGAAUAUCCCUGGGUUAUAAACUCCCCGCGCCAGCAGCCGCUGUGUGUUUGUGCCCCGGCCACACAGGCGGGGCCUGCGCUGCACCAAGGGCUCUUUUUUGUGGUCUUGAUUCCACUUUUUUAAACUUGUUUUUUACCAGAAUAAUUAGUGUGAAAACUGCUAGUGGCAGAUACCUGAGGUCUCAGACACCUGCCCACCCAGCCUCAGCUGGCAGGGCCUCGCUGGGGAUUUGGGGCAUCUGGUGCUGUUCCUCUGCUUAUCAAGCCUUUAUAAUCGUGGGGGGCGGGGGGGUUGUCUAGUUGGCAGAGACUUAAAUAGCCAGAUCCACAUGAGUGCUGGCCACUCACAGCCCAUACCUGCCUGGGGUGCUGUGGGCCCCCGUUCCCUAAAGGGCGGAGCGGCUGCUGGGGGUCCCGCCCUGCGGGGCUGCUCAGGGAGCUGGUGGUAGGAUGUCCCCGGCAUGGGCGUCGUGAGCGUCGGAGAUAUAAAUGCACAGUGGGGGGAAGAGCUACGUGCCCCACAGGCAGGCGGUCUGGAAUUCUGUGAGCAGCCUGCCCAGCCCCCAACUGCCCCCCUCUGCUCUGCCUCCUGUUGCCACUGAGCAGCUGAUUUGCCUGGGGGACCCAUCUCCUCCUGGCCCCUGCCUAGUAGGCCCCAAGGCAUCUCUAGGGCAGCAGUGGCUCCUGCCCUGCAGCGUGGCGCACACACGGUGCUAUGCUGGCUGCAGCUUCCUGGUCAGACCUGUCCUGGCUCCAGGCACGUGGGUGCCAUGGGAUUGGGGUGGCAGCACUGUGUGUGGGGUGGGUGACCCAAACCCUGUCCCUGAACCUGGUGUAACACCAGGUGCCAGGAAGUUCCUGGGCUGGAGGGGUCCAGCACUGCCUCGGCCCUGACUUCCUUGUGGGUGUAUCCUUCUUCCCCCCGCCCCCCCCCCCCGCUUCCUAGUGAGUGUCUGACCUGAGUCCUCCCAUGGGCCAGCAGCAGUGGCUGCAGCGCUGAGAGACAGGCAGCUGGUUGCUUGAGACCAGCUCCCUGCCCCUUGGGCUCGCAGGGAGUGGGUGUGUUAGGCCCUGUUAACUCUUCAGGGCUCUGCAGCUGUGGGCUGGGUAGCCCUCAGGGCAGCUGGAAGAGGGCAUGGGCAAGUCCAUGCCAGGGAGGCCAGCAACACUGCACCUGAGCAGGCCACCCCCUCCUUGCAGAGCAGUGCUCCUGGUCUGUGCCAGUGCCGGGGAUUCCAGCAACUCUGCCCCUGACCAGGCCACCCCGUCCCUGGUCCUGGGACGGCAGAGCAGGGCAGUUCUGGCCUGCAGGGUGCUCCAGUGGCUUGUACUAACCAGAGCUGAGUGCAGCCCAUGCUCCCAUGCCUUUCCAUAGCAUAAACCUCAUUGAAACACCCCAGGGACCAGGAACCGGUCUGGCUGGGUCUCCCCUGGGCCAAGUCCCUGGAGCAAGUUGUGGCUGUGGGGCACUUACUCCCCCAUUCCAGCUCUGCCUCCGCUCUGUGUCCGACACCAGCCGGCACCUGGGCCCGCUGCAGGCACCUGGCUCCCUGUACUAUCAGGGUGGGCAGGGCCUGUUCUAGCGUCUAAGUCCUGUCACUGGCAGUCUUUUUACAGUGGGGGGGGGGGGGGCAUGGAACAUGCUGGGCGCUUGCCCCGGUGAGCUGUUAAAUUUGUUUUUUACACUGAGAUUUCUUUGAAUAAAGGAAAAAAGGAA